ACUUACUGCUGGGGAUCUUGGGUAACAUGUGUGAGGGCGAUGGGCCAUGGGACUCUUGAUAAUAUGAACUGGGCUGGACUUUUGCAGAAUAUGCUGGUUGUGCUCCAUCUCCGGCAGAUCAUGUGUGAUUCUUCUGUCUGGUUUUCCAUCCCAGAGGAACAGGAGCCCGGUGUUCUGGCUGGGUCACUCAGUAAACACUUUCCACCACCUUACCAGCUCCUGACCCAGGAGUAUCUGUGGAUGGACAAAAACACAGGGAAUUUCUACACGACUGAGCAAAAGAUGGAUCGUGAGGCCCUCUGCCCCGAGGAGACAAAGGCUGAGGAAUGCAUUAUUUUACACAAUGCUGUAGUGGGGCCCUCAGGAGACCUUAUACAGUUCCCUGUGAUCAUACAGGACAUCAAUGACAAUGCACCUCAGUUUGAAAAUGGUGAAAUACACCUGAGGGUGCCUGAGGAUGUCAAUGUGGGGACCAGCUUCUUACUGGAUGAGCAGGCUAAGGACAGAGAUGUUGGAUAUAACAGUGAGCUACAUUACCACCUGGAAGAUUCUGAUGGAGUUUUUAGUUUAAAGUUUGAGGAAGACGGCUCUAUCAUCAUGCUGAUUGUGCAAUCACCUCUGGAUAGGGAGACUAGGGACCUGUAUCGAAUGGUGCUUGUAGCCUCCGACUGCGGCUUGGACCCUUUAAGUGCUACAGCAACUUUAAUAGUCACAGUGACAGAUGUUAAUGACAACUGUCCUAGCUUUAGCCCUGACAGCCCCCGCAGUGUCUCCAUCCCCGGAGAUUCUUUGAAGAACACACUGGUUGCUCAGGUCAGAGCCACAGACCCAGAUUCAGGCGUGAAUGCUGCAAUCCUGUACUCCCUCAGUCCCAAAGUCUCAGAGCGGGCCAAGAAGCUCUUUAGCCUUGACAGCCUCACUGGGUACAUCCGACUAACACAGGACCUCCAAAGUGACAACCUGGAGGAGCUGCAGCUGAAAGUGCUAGCAAGCAGCCACCACUGCCCACCAGCAGACGCUCAGGUAACCGUAUACGUGCUCCCCAAGGCGCACCAAGAGCUGACGAUCAAGAUCGGGUUCAUAGCGGAGCAUCAAAACCAGACUCUGGUGUUACAAGAGAACCAGCCCCCCACUGUCUUAGCUGUUUUAGAGCUGGAGGCUGACAGCAGCUUUAAAGGCUCAUCUCUUUCCAUUGAGGGUGAGGUGCCUUUCACUUUGAACCCGCAGAAUGAUAAAUAUCUGCUUUCCACAUCAAAGCCCCUUGACUAUGAGAUGAAAAGAGAACAUUAUAUUACUGUGGUAGCGCAUGGGAGAUCAGCCGAAGGACCUGCGAUGGCUGCCUCCAGGCGUGUGAUCAGGGUGAUGGUGGCAGAUGUCAAUGAUAAUGCUCCACAAUUCCUCCAGUCUCAGUAUCAGCUGGAGGUGGAGGAAAACAACCAGCAAGGGAUGUCACUGCUACAGGUCUUGGCUUCAGAUGCAGACAGCGGACGCAAUGGGAGAGUGACCUACAGGCUGAACAAACACAUACCUACCAUCUUUAACAUUGACUCGGUGACCGGUCAACUGUCGGUGUCCGCCUCUCUGGACAGGGAGCAGCAGGGUGAACACACACUUACUGUAUUUGCACGAGAUAGCGGCUCUCCUCCCUUGGAGUCAGCAGCCACAAUAUCCAUUCGUGUUCUGGAUCAGAAUGACAAUGCACCUGUGUUUCUUACGCCUCACUUCAUCUUUUUCAUCUAUGAGAAUGUUGCGCCGUUUGCCCUGGUGGGAGAUGUGGGGGCGACUGAUCCGGAUGAAGGGGAAAAUGGGAACACAGAGUUGCAUGUUGUUAACAGCAGUGGACCUUUCGUUGUGGAUAACACUCAGGGAACGCUACGCACCACCACAAACUUGGACCGCGAGACACAGGACCGCUUUGAACUCUACCUGCUGGCCAGCGAUCACGGCCAUCCGGUCACUAUGACGUCCACUGCCAGGGUGACAAUAUUUGUGGAAGACAUCAAUGACAACCGGCCAAAAGUGGUUCUUCCCAGCAGCAACUUCUCAUGCCUGACUAUUUCUCCAGCAACCAUCGCAGGCACCAUGGUUACAAAAAUCUACGCCAUCGAUGAGGACUCAGGGCUAAAUUCUGAGAUUACGUACACUGUUGUAGCACCAGAAACAGUGCAAAAGAACAGCCCAUUCCAGAUCGAUUCAAGGUCAGGGAACAUCAGUGUAAUGCAGCAACUUCAAUUAAAGGACCUGGGUAUGCAUCACCUGUUCAUUGUGGUCAGAGAUGGAGGAAAACCAGCUCCACUUUACACCACCGUGUGGGUUAAUCUACUGGUCAAUGAGAGCAUGGAGCCCUGCCACAUGGACAGAGCGCCCACCUGGACAGGGACACCUAACCUUGGUCAAGCCCCCUCAAAGGCCCCCAUCUGUGAGGCAGAGGACCCCAGAUCAGGUCAGCUGGCUCUGUUAGUAGGCCUGUGUAUGAUGCUAACAUCCACAUGUUUGCUGGUGGUGUCGACUGUUUUAUACCUGAAACAGAGGAGAAGCGGCCUGAGACGGAAGAAGAGGGCACCCUCUGAGAAGAAUGAGAUUCCACUUCGACUCAAAAACAAAUAUUACUCUGAAGACUAACAAGAUGAAGCCAGCAGAGUGUAUAAUCCUCACUCACACAGUUUCAAAGAUGAAAUCAGCCCCUGAAUUAAACAGGAGUAUUUGUCAAAGGCUUCUUGCAUUUUAAUAAUCAUAUCUGUUAAAUUAUUCUGAUACAGUGUACUCAACAUGUGUCAAGAGUAAUUCUGCAAAACAAUGUCGAUAUAAUGUUGACCCAAUAGCCUAUAAGAUACCAGGGAUGCAUACAAUUUGAUCUGAUAAGAAGUAUUUGAUAUUAUCAGAAGAGUUGUUCCCAUUGUAUUCCACACAUAUGAUAUAUGCAGUAUUACAGCAUGCCAUAACAAGGGACUGCUAAAAUACCAACAUCACAGUGUUAAUCUUUAGGGAUUAUUCUCCUUGACCCCUGCAGCGAGAAGAAGACAGAGGUAAUGGCUGCUGAGUUGAUUGGGCCUUCCUCUGUAAUGGGGAGUCUAAAGAAUUUAGACACACAAAAGGGUUUAAUGUUCCUCCAGUGGGGAGGUGAUGAAAGUCUCUCAAGAAGCAGCAGGAGGCGGGAGAGUGGCUGUGGACAGGUGAGAGGCGGCAGAGGGAAGGAACACCGCCGUCUCAAGUCGCUGCUUCACACCUGUUAUCCGAUAGCGUUGCUUUUCACCCACGAUGCUGGAUGGCACCCAAAAGGCAGGGGGGAAAAAGAGGAGCUACUGUACUGCACAAAGUAACCCAACAGGCUUGUUGUUCCGAUGACAGAUGUUCAGAGGGAUAUCACACUGUGUUCAAAGAAAUCUUUACAAAAGGCAGUUGCUCUCAUGUGUUACAGAUACAUUUGUAUGCAUGCAGGGGAACGAUUGAGAUAUCAAACCAGGUUAAGUGAUACAUUAAGUAUGAAUGAGUCAGGGUAAAAUGUGUUUACAAAUCUGUUAACACACAAUUAGACAAGGAGACUAGGCUAAUUGUUUUAGCUUUGAGUUGCUUUUUUUUUUUUUUUUUACUUUAAUGGUAUCAUAAACUGUUGAGUGAUCAAUUUAAGACACACCUUUGUUAGAGGAAGGAGGAGAGCCAGCAGCCUGAGCCUGUAAAAAAAAACAAUGUACAACAACCUGGUUAGUGCAGAACAAGGCUUGUAUAACAUGAGAGGUGUUUCUCUAGAGGAUUUCAGAGCUACCGACUAGAAAAAAAACAUCUAAUAUAGUUGUACUGUGAGGUAAGGUACAUUAGCUAAGAGGGAAUUAAGAGGCCCAUAACAAAAUUACAAAUUAAAGAAGGAACAUCAGAUCCCAUUAGAUUACAACGUUGACAAAUUAAUAUUAAAGCAGGACUAAUGUGGGUUAAAUGCAACAUUUUGACCGGGUUGACAAUCCAUGACAAUCCCACAUUCUUACAAACUAAAAAGGCACCAUGUUUAGUGAUUUUCUUUUCUAAAGUCAGUGUUUUUUUUGUUUUUUUUUAUAUAAAACGCCUCAUGCCUGCCACUGUGCGAGUGCUGUGGCAGUAGAAAGCCUGCCAUCUGCUGGACAAAGAUGAAGCCAAAGCAUCUUUUUAUCUGGUGUUUAGCCAGAGGGUGGAGAUGAAUCAGAGGACGGUCUCUCACUCCACCACAGUCAGGUCAACUGAGAUCAGUGACGCUUCCCUGCUGCAUGCUGCUCUGUUCCACUCAAAGUACAUCUCAUUUUCCACAGUUUUUUUCCACAAGCUAAACAUCUGUGGGUAAAAGGGUUGAAUUAACCAACAGGAACAAAGACUCAGCCUGCACUGACCUAAAGUACCCACUGGAAUAUUCCUGAGAUACAAAUGAGGGCAUUUCUUAUUAAUCCUGUAUAAUUAAAACACAAGUGAUGAUUUUCUUAUCAAAGGAACUUGUGUAUUGAGUAGUUUCCAGCCCAAAAGGCACAAACUGAAAGUCGCUUUAUUACUAUUCAUGCUCUGUUAAAACCAAUGAAAAAUUGCUUUACUAAAGAUCAAGUGGAUAUAUAAAACAUUUUGAAUUAAUAAAGCGCCAAAGAAAAACAAAAGUUGUCUUGUUACACUAUAUGAAUAACCAGCGUUGAAGAAAAACCUUCUUUUAGCAUGUAGAGGCCUGACCAGAACCAGACUCAUUGGUGAACAGCUAUCUGCAAUGAUGGGCAGACAAAUGAUA